CAUUAAAGCAGGAGCUGCUGCAGCUGCACACACACAUCGAACUUCCUCCUCCUCUUCCUCUCUCUCUUUUUACCUCCUUCUCUUCUUCAUCACUGCAGCUCUCGCCGACGGCAGGUCCACUGGAUGGUGGAGACCUUUUAUUCCUCCCUCCAUCAUAUACAUAUAUUCACAGAGAGAGAGAGAGGAAGAGAGACCGACACACUCACGCAGGACCGCGGGAUCGUUGUCCGGGCUGUAGUUCGGGUCGCCACGCAUUCUCCGGAUUUCAGCGGACCUCGGUAACCUCAGAGCCCCUCUCCAUCUGCCGGACUGCUGCUUUUAAAGUGCUGGUUGUGUUUGAGGCGGAGCGACACAGAAAAGAAGAGCGGACAACUUGAUUAUAGGCAAUUGAACUGAUUAGAUGAUAGGCCUGAUGUGGAUUUGUCAAAGAUGAACCGCGUCGAGACGAUGCGCUGAGACGCAAACGGCCCAGGCUCUCCGGUUGUGCGCUCAUCCAGAGGCUACAGCUAACGGAGAGAGAGAGAGAGAGAGAGGAGGGGGGGUGGACUGCGGAAGAAAAGAGAGAGGGGAAGAGAAAAAAAACCCACAAGAGGUUUCUGAUCCAUAAAGGUUGUGCCUGACUCAAAAAGGAGCGAGUCUCGCCCCUGGAACAGGGGGCGGAUAAGCGGAGAGGUAGAAGUCUAUCCAAACGAUGGCCACCCUACUGCGGAAGAUCGGUCUGAUCCGCCUGCACGACCGAGACACGGAGGAUCCGAAGCACCACCAGGGCUCGCUGAAGGGGACCAAGGGGAACCAGAAGAAUAACGCCAACAAACACUGUCAGACCGCCAACGAGACCAACCUGCUGAGCACCCCGGAGAUCAAGGCGAGGAAGCUGGACCAGCACGGCAAGGACAAGCCGGCCGGCAAAGACAAGCAGGGCAAGGAUGCGAAGGAGAAGCAGCAGACGGUGGGUGGAGGAGGAGGUGGUGGUGGUGGCGGAGGAGGAGGAGGGAGCGGCGGCGGAAGCAAAGCCCCCAGCGCCUCCUCCGUGCCGCCGCUGGCGCCUCACCGGCAGCACUGCACCCAGGUGCGGACGCGGCGCCUGAUGAAGGAGCUGCAGGAGAUCCGGAGGUUAGGGGACAACUUCAUCACGGUGGAGCUGGUAGAGGAUAACCUGUUCGACUGGAACGUCAAGCUGCACCAGGUGGACAAGGACUCGGCGCUGUGGCAGGACAUGAAGGAGACCAGCACCGAGUUCAUCCUGCUCAACGUCACCUUCCCCGACAACUUCCCCUUCUCGCCGCCGUUCAUGCGGGUCCUCACGCCGCGCCUGGAGAACGGCUACGUGCUGGACGGCGGGGCCAUCUGCAUGGAGCUGCUGACCCCCCGCGGGUGGUCCAGCGCCUACACGGUGGAGGCGGUGAUGAGGCAGUUCGCUGCCAGCCUUGUAAAAGGACAGGGCCGUAUUUGCAGGAAAUCAGGAAAGUCCAAGAAAGCUUUUAGUCGUAAAGAGGCCGAGGCCACAUUCAAGUCCCUGGUGAAGACCCACGAGAAGUACGGCUGGGUGUCCCCACCCAUUUCCGACGGCUGAGUAUCCGGCCGCCAUCCCUCCACCCGCCCGUGCUAGCCGGAGAGAAGAAGAAGAAGAAGAAAAAAUACAAGCUAGCCUCGACGCGCAAAACAACACACCAUGCUAACUCAAAAAUGACUUAUCUUCACUAUUGGCUGUUUCACGCAACGUUUUUUUUUUUUUGGUAACGUUUUUUCAUUAUUACUGUUACCACACUACUACAGAAGCAGUGUUUUGUUGCUUUUUUUCUUCACCGUCUUGUCCAGGGAAUCUUUCUGCUAACUCAGAAAGAGGCAGCAGAGCAAGGAGGGUGUUCGUGUAUGAAUGUUUCACUUUAAAAGAAAUCAGCUGGGAAUGUGCGUCACUUCCAUCGGAUUUAUUUAUUUCUUUUCUUUUUCCUUUUCCCCCCAGCACACACUUAUGUAGGUGCAGCCGGACAAAUCGGAUAUGCGAACUUUUUUUUUUCCACACCAUGUGAAAGACUACUGAAUAAAGGAGACUCAUCUUUCUCGCCAGUCCUCUCUUUAGCACUGAACUGGCUACAACCAACCAUUCGUGUAGCUCUCGGGUCAUUUACAUACAAAUUAAGCUGUUAAUGUUUAAUAGACGGGCAUUGCACUGGCAUUUAUACCCACUUGUUCCGUCAUUCGUUUAGUUUUUUGUUUUUCUCCCUCUCUUGCUUUCGACUGUGCCGUUGCUCACGGUUCAAUGCAACAUAACGAUUGUAAUUUACAUGGAGCUGUGCUCUUACGCUUUCUUCUUUAACUUGCUUUGUUUCUCUUUCUCUCUCUUUCCUUCUCUUGUGGCUAAACUUAGAGCUGUGUUGCGUAGAUGGGUUUAAAAUAAAAAAAAAGUCUCACGUUGCUUUAUGCAAAGCCCUUGUAUGAUAAACAGAAUGAUAGUCAGUCACCUUCUUUCGUUCUCUCUCUACAUUCAUGUUAGCUUGUCUGUAGGAGUGGAAGGAGGAUGUAAUUCCCAUGAUUUAGAUACCAGACGGUCCAGCUGAAGGCCGGGCUUCAGUGUGUCUGUGUGUUUACGAAGAGACAACCCUUUAAAACGGUGAAACACUUGGCUAACUGCGACUGACGCUACCACUUGAAGGGAGCGCUAAUUUCUUUAGCUAAACCACUAGCCGUCUUGUCCCGCUGUCUGUGUCAUUACGUUACACAUGAGUGGAGUUUUAACCGUAGACGAUGUCUGUCGACCCUUCGUGUAAAGAAGAAAAUGUUAGCAGGAAAAAGAAAGAAAGAAAGAAAGAAAGGAUAAACCUUUUAGCUCCACACAGGCGUUUCACCGGCGCUUUAAAUGAAGGAAUGCAUCAGAGAACUCCUGAUUGAUGCGGCGGGGAGAAAAGGAGGAUAAGGAAGGAAGGAAGGAAGAAGAAGAAGAAGAAGCUCUUUGAUCACUGCCGGCUGCUCUUGGGAAAAUGUCAGGCGGCUUUGCAAAGCGGCUGAGCGACGGGUUUUAUUUGCUCUACCUGUUGAGUUCUUGAGUUCCAUCCUUUUGAAAGGAGUUUCUAGGCGUCGGAAAUCAAGCGUACGGCCACAGUGUCAGUCAUGGGCCUUCUGGGCAGAGCGUCCGUCCGUCCGUCCGUCCGGUCCGGUCUGUUUCGCUUCGUUCCAGGUAAAUGUCAGAGGAAAGGCCGCUAAUUGGUCUGACAUUUCCGCAGACCGUCAUUAGAAAAGAGCAGCGAGAGCAGGAGGACGGAGGACGUCAAGCCCCGCGCUGGGCACUGACAUAUCGUCGCUUUCGAAGCGAGGGAGGGAGCGGCCUGUUCGUGGCAAGAUGUAGCUAAAUGAUAAGUUCGGAUGAGCUGAAUCGUGGUUCGCGGCCGAUAGCAAACAUCCGUGAGCAAAACAAAAAAAAAAACGCCAACAGAGACACACCAUCUGGUAUGUGAUCAUGUUCUAAAGCGUGCUAGUGGUUUCUUUUUUUUUUUUGGUUUGUUUUUUUACGAGUUUGGCUCUUUAAUUUCAGACAAAACUGUAAUCUGAGUAAUUGUUACAACAAAAUAUCUCAAAAGCUGAGUGUUUGCUGGUUCCAUGAGAAACCUUUUUUGUGACAUAGUUUAGACUGGUAGUUUGCAGAAACUAACUGGGUUAACUGACUAUUUGUAAUAUAUCUGCAUGUGUUACGUGAUUGGUAGCUAGCUACUGUAUAUCGUUUUUCAAGAAAAAGCAAGAAAAAUAGAGAAAACAAAAAUGCAAAUGCUUCUCUUUUCUUUAUUUUAAUUUAUAUUAAUAUUGUUUGUUCUUUUUUUGAGUCCUGUACUGUAUGGACUUUCUAUUUCUUUCUAAAUGUCCUGAAUGGGAAAAAAAAAAAAAGAAGUCACAUUGUGUUGAAUGUUUGUGUUUUAAUUUAUUUGUGGUUUGCCAAAACGAUGAUUUUUGAAGCAUGUUGCAGGAAAUGUCACCGGGAAAUGAGAGGAAACAAGCAAAAAAAAAAAAAAAGUAAACAAAUAAACAAAACAAAAAAAGAUAGCUAAUGUAUUUGUGCGAUAGGGGGAAGGUGUGUUUUUGUUGGGGGUGAAACAAGAUUACGGGAGGGCAACACAUUCACUCGCUCCUUCCUGUUCCCCUCCGUAACGUCGCCACUGCCCCUUCCCCGUUGGUCCUAAUCGACACACUGAUUUGGCUCGAGUGUAACGCAGUCAACACGGCCUGGACGCAGGCGACCCUCAGCAGCAGAUCUAGGAUCAGUAACUUCUCAAGGGAAUCUGACCCGUGAUCCGCUUACUUGCGAGCAACUUGUUUUUUUUUUGUGCGUGUGUGUGUGUGUCCCACUCCUAGCUUGAAAGCGUUUGGUCAGAGACCGAGGUCUUAAAAAGUUCAAAAGGUGAAAGGUCGUUGCAAGACCAAACAGGAAUGUGCAAUAAAAAUGACAUCUUAUUGAAA